AGACUCAAGACUUUUUCGCAAGCACAAAGAUAUACCUCAACCAAACACAACCGACUCUUGAAUCUUGAUAGCUUCCUUCUCCGUUUUUUAUGUUUUAAUUUUUAAUUUUCAACUUUUGGGGUCAACUCAACGACAAUAGUCCACAGCAAAAAUACGGAACUUUUGUACCCGUUUAUUGGAAGUGCCACUGACAUUUCAUUCGAACGCGCAGAGCAGAACAUUCUGGGAUAACUCAAAAUAUAUAGUUAUUACUAUUUUUUUUAUCUGGGAAAAAUCUCGCAUAUCACAUAGCUAGCUUCAACUCAUGGCUUGGCGUUUUAGUUCCCUGUGUAUAUCGCUGGUGUUGGCGUUGUUGAUGAGUUUAGCUUCACAGAGCUGCUAUGGUCUUCGUUCAUUCGGGUUUGACAUACACCACCUGUUCUCGGAUCCGGUGAAGGGAAUUAUGGGCUUUCAUGAGCUACCAGACAAGGGAACUCGUGAAUACUAUGCUGCUAUGGUUCACAGAGACCGUGUAUUCCGGGGCCGGAGGCUCGCCGGCGAUCAUCAGACGCCGCUCACUUUUUCUCCCGGCAACGACACUUAUCAGAUUGGCGCCUUUGGAUUUUUGCAUUUUGCCAACGUUUCUGUUGGGACACCAGCUUUAUCGUUUCUUGUGGCAUUGGAUACCGGUAGUGACUUAUUCUGGUUACCUUGCAAUUGUACCAGUUGUGUGCGUGGUAUAAAGGCAUCAAAUGGAAAGACAAUUGAAUUUAAUAUCUAUGAUGUUAAAGGAUCAUCCACAAGCCAAAAUGUUUUGUGCAAUAGCAGCUUAUGUGAGGAACAGGGACAAUGCCCUUCAUCUGGUGGCAGUUGUCCGUAUCGAGUUGAAUAUCUAUCAAAUGGUACUUCCACUACUGGGUUCUUGGUAGAGGAUGUGUUGCACUUAAUUACAGAUGAUGAUCAAACAAAAGUUGCUGACACACGAAUCACUUUUGGUUGUGGUCAAGUUCAGACUGGUGCAUUUUUGGACGGUGCAGCUCCAAAUGGUCUGUUUGGACUUGGCAUGGGUAAUUUAUCUGUCCCAAGUAUCUUAGCCAAAGAAGGUCUUACUUCAAAUUCUUUUUCAAUGUGUUUUGGAUCUGAUGGUCUUGGAAGAAUCACAUUUGGGGAUAAUAGCAGCUUGGACCAAGGAAAAACACCAUUCAACCUCAGGGCAUUGCAUCCAACUUACAACAUCACCAUUACCCAAAUUGUUGUGGGAGGAAAUGCUUCUGAUCUUGAGUUCCAUGCAAUAUUUGAUUCUGGUACCUCGUUUACAUCCCUAAACGACCCGGCUUAUACACAGAUUACUCACAGCUUUGAUUCACUAAUUAAACAACAACGGUAUUCAAAUUCUGAUUCUGAUCUCCCCUUUGAGUACUGUUAUAACUUAAGCCCAAAUGAGAAAGUUCAAGCUCCCAUUUUGAAUCUGACGAUGAAAGGUGGUGACAAUUAUUUUGUCAUGGACCCAAUAGUAACCGUAACUGGUGAGAAUCUUAACUUGCUGUGUCUGGGAGUCGUGAAAAGCAACAACUUGAAUAUCAUUGGACAAAACUUCAUGACUGGUUACCGUGUAGUAUUUGACCGUGAGAACAUGAUUCUGGGAUGGAAAGAAUCUAAUUGUUAUGAUGAUGAAUUCUCCAAUUUACCUAUUAAUCCAUCGCACUCUCCUGCUGUUUCUCCUGCUAUGGCUGUGAAUCCUGAAGCAACAUCAAACCAGUCUACUGAUCCUGAAAGGCUUCCAUCUAGUCACUCAUUUAAGAUAAAACCUUCUUUUGCAUUUUUAAUGGCCAUUUUUCUGCUUUUAGCCAUUUUUUGAGCAUACCUUUGCCUAUUUUCUCUUGUAUUAUUCAAAUUAGUAGGUUUUUCUAUUAGCACACGCACACAAGAGAGGCAUUUUUAUUACCCGUUUGGUCAAGUCUUUUUAGCAUUAAUUUGAUAUUGAGUUUGUAAAUAAUGUAGAAGAAACAUGUCAGUAAAGUUGUAAACCAUAUAUAUUUCCAUUCUUACAUUGUACUUCUUUUAAA